UGCGCAGCACCGGGCUGGGCUGUCGUCGCGGAGCGGGGAGGGGGGGGGGCGCAGGGAGCGGGAGCCGCCGCCACCGCCGGAGCUAACCGCGGGGACCGAGAUGCAGCUGCUGCCGCUCACCCCGUGUCUUCUGGCCGCUUCCCUCUUUGUUGCCCCUCCCCACAGGCUCCCCCUCUCCACCUCCUGGGGCCCAUCAUGAAUGGUGCCCCCUCCCCAGAGGAUGGGGCCUCCCCCUCCCCUCCCCCCCUGCCACCACCCCCUCCCCCAAGUUGGCGGGAGUUCUGUGAGUCCCACGCCCGGGCUGCAGCCCUGGAUUUUGCCCGCCGUUUUCGCCUCUACCUGGCCUCCCACCCCCAGUACGCGGGGCCUGGGGCGGAGGCUGCCUUCUCUCGCCGCUUCGCUGAGCUCUUCCUGCAGCACUUUGAAGCUGAGGUGGCCCGGGCCUCGGGCUCCCUCUCACCACCAGUUAUAGCUCCCCUGAGUCCCGGUGUGGAGAUCCCUCCGCCACAUGACUUGUCCCUCGAGAGCUGCAGGGUGGGCGGGCCCCUGGCUGUGCUGGGUCCCUCUCGAUCAUCCGAGGACCUGGCCGGCCCCCUCCCCUCCUCAGUCUCUUCCUCUUCUACGACCUCCUCGAAGCCGAAGCUCAAGAAACGCUUCUCCCUCCGCUCAGUCGGUCGCUCGGUCCGAGGUUCUGUCCGUGGCAUCCUGCAGUGGCGGGGAACUGUUGACCCUCCCUCCCCAGCGAGUCCCCUGGAGACCUCAUCAGGCCCCCCAGUCCUGGGUGGAAACAGCAACUCCAACUCCUCUGGUGGGGCUGGGACUGUUGGUCGGGGACUGGUUAGUGAUGGCACGUCCCCUGGGGAAAGAUGGACUCACCGAUUUGAGAGGCUGAGACUAAGUCGGGGAGGGGGGACCUUGAAGGAUGGAGCAGGGGUGGUGCAGAGGGAAGAGCUGCUGAGUUUCAUGGGGGCCGAAGAGGCGGCCCCUGACCCGGCCGGAGCAGGCCGGGGAGGAGGGGCAGCUGGGCCUACCUCAGGGGGAGGAGGGCAGCCCCAGUGGCAGAAGUGUCGCUUAUUGCUUCGGAGUGAAGGCGAAGGAGGAGGAGGAAGUCGCCUGGAGUUCUUUGUACCACCCAAGGCCUCUAGGCCCCGGCUCAGCAUUCCCUGCUCUACUAUCACGGAUGUUCGGACAACCACAGCCCUGGAGAUGCCUGACAGGGAAAACACGUUUGUGGUCAAGGUGGAAGGCCCCUCAGAGUACAUCCUGGAGACAACUGAUGCUCUCCAUGUGAAGGCCUGGGUGUCUGACAUUCAAGAAUGCCUGAGCCCAGGACCCUGCCCUGCUACCAGUCCCCGCCCCAUGACCCUCCCUCUGGCUCCUGGGACCUCCUUCCUCACAAAAGAGAACACAGAUGGCCUGGAGCUGCCCUGCCUGAACCAUUCAGAGAGUCUGCCCAGCCAGGAUCUGCUUCUGGGACCCAGUGAGAGCAAUGAUCGCCUUUCGCAAGGGGCAUAUGGGGGCCUCUCAGACCGGCCCUCAGCAUCCAUCUCCCCUAGUUCGGCCUCCAUUGCUGCCUCCCAUUUUGACUCCAUGGAACUGCUUCCCCCAGAGCUGCCCCCCCGCAUCCCCAUUGAGGAGGGCCCCCCUGCAGGAACAGUUCAUCCCCUCUCAACCCCCUACCCUCCCUUGGACACUCCGGAAACAGCCACAGGGUCCUUCCUGUUCCAGGGGGAGUCAGAGGGAGGUGAGGGGGACCAGCCCCUCUCAGGAUAUCCUUGGUUCCACGGGAUGCUCUCUCGACUCAAGGCCGCCCAGCUAGUGCUGGAAGGAGGCACCGGCUCCCACGGUGUCUUCCUGGUACGUCAGAGCGAAACGAGGCGGGGUGAAUAUGUCCUCACUUUCAACUUCCAGGGCAAGGCCAAGCACCUGCGCUUGUCACUGAACGAGGAGGGCCAGUGCCGGGUCCAGCACCUGUGGUUCCAGUCCAUUUUCGACAUGCUCGAGCACUUCCGGGUGCACCCCAUCCCUCUGGAGUCUGGAGGCUCCAGUGAUGUUGUCCUUGUCAGCUAUGUGCCCUCCCAGCGGCAGCAGGGCCGGGAGCAGGCUGGGAGCCAUGCAGGGGUGUGCGAGGGAGAUCGAUGCUACCCCGAUGCCUCCUCCACCCUCAUGCCCUUCGGAGCGAGUGACUGUGUAACCGAACACCUCCCAUGACCUACCCCAGCCCCCUGAACCCCCUUCAUGGACAGAUUCCCCAUAUCCUGGGGCAGAAGAGGCGUCGGGGGCGCCAGAAGUGGCGGCAGCAGCAGCCCCAGCAGCCAAAGAGAGGCAAGAGAAAGAGAAAACGGGCAGUGGAGGGGUCCAGGAAGAGCUGGUCCCCGUGGUUGAGCUGGUCCCCGUGGUCGAAUUGGAAGAGGCCAUAGCACCAGGCAUGGAGGCCCAGGGUGGUGCUGGCUCUGGUGGGGACAUUGGGGUGACCCCAAUUGUGCAGCUCCAGCAGUUACCACUAGGGGGCAACGGAGAAGAAGGGGGUCAUCCCAGAGCCAUUAACAACCAGUACUCCUUGGUGUGAGACACCCCACCCCACCCUCUCUCCACUCUUCUUGCUCUUCAGUCCUCGGGUCGUGAGGUGGGCUGGGUAGGGACAUAGAGGAGACUUGGGAGUCCCCUUCCCACAGGCUUCCUGACCUUGUCAGUCAAGGGCAUACGUGCUGGUACAAGCAGAGGUUCGAGAGCCCUGUCAACUCCCUAGUUCGUACACUACAGGUGCCCAUCCCCUAGGCAGGGGAUUUGGGCUCCAUUACCUCCCUGAGGGGCUCUUAUGGUCAGCCCCAUCCCUGGGGGCCAUUUCCCCAUCAACUACCCCCCAGCCCAAGCAAGGGUGAUGGGGGGAAGGGCUGUCAGUUAUAUUAAGGUGGUUGUUGUUGUUGUUUUAAACAAAAUGGAGAAGCAUAAAUAAAUAAAAGGGUUUAUCUCAGUUCCACCGUGA